AUGACCUUGCCAAAGAGCAAUCAAAAAAUAACUGACAAUAAACGUAAAUUACACGCUUCUUCAUUUGAAUUUACAGAAAGCUCGGAUUCCAAUCCAACUUCUAUAAUCUCAAAACAUGCUUCUUCACAUGGGUUGGUCUCAGCAAUUAUUCAUGCUUAUACUCUUCACCAACAUCUUCGAUUAUCACCAGAUGAUGUAUGGUUAACAAUUGCACAAGGUAUUAGUAGGCACAUUUGGAAUAAUGCUGGACGUUUUCGUUACUUAUUUGUUGACCACGAAGGUCAGGAAGAUGUCUUUGUGGAUGCUCGAGAUAUUAUAGGAUAUGUUAACCAAAAUUUUAUAGGCGAUUGGCCACAAGCGAUUUCUCGGCUUUCCGAGACUAUUGAUAAACGAGUUAAAAAAGUUGGUUUAAAACAGCAUCUCGAAUGUGAUUUUUCUACCUCAACAAAUUCAUCUAUUGCUGCCAGUCAAAUUAUCUUGUUAGAUGUGAUGAAAAAGUAUUUUAGGUAUGGCAUGAUGGGUGGUUGUGGUAUUCCAAAGGUUACCCUUGAUGGCACCUUGAAAGAUUAUGGUAUACCGACUCCUUGUUGGGAUGGAUGGACAAGUGCUUUGUUUCCUUACGGCAAGUCAGGAGGGAAAAUUAUGAAUAAUACAAUUAUUCCUGAUGAAGUACCUUCUGGAUUAGUACGUGUUCCUUUCAAUUUGGGUAUCUUGGCAGAGAGUUUUAAAUUAAAAUUUGCUGCAGGUUCUUUCGGUGCUAGGCAAGUUAAGGUUAACGAUUAA